AUGAGUUCCUUUUGCAAAGCAAUCCAACUAACUUGUAGCGAUAAAUUGAACGAUGAAAUAAAGGCUGGAUUUCCGUCUCUCUUUUAUAAUGACCUUGGUUGCUGUACGAAGACCCAAGCGACUCUGAGACUAAAAGAAGGAGCGCGACCCGUUUAUCGUAACGCUCGACCAGUUCCAUAUGCAGCAGCUUCCAUAGUUUCGGCAGAACUUGAACGUCUUCAACAUCUUGGAGUAAUUUCACCAAUUGAAUACUCACAGUCAGCGGUGCCAAUCAUAGUUGUAAGAAAGAAGAAUGGAAAAAUUCGUAUAUGUGCCGAUUAUUCUACAGGUCUAAAUGACGGUCUAGAGCCAAAUAAAUAUCCUCUUCCAACGCCUGAUCAAAUAUUCUCCAAACUCGCUAAUAAGAAAGUCUUUAGCACAAUUGACCUAUCAGAUGCAUUUUUCCAGAUUCCAUUGGACCAAGAAUCUCAAAAACUGAUGGCUAUCAAUACUCACCUCGGCUUAUUUAAAGUACUUAGACUGCAGCAAGGUGUUAAAACAGCCCCUGGCAUUUUUCAACAGAUUGUUGACACAAUGCUUAGCGGAACCAACACCAUUGGGUUUAUUGAUGAUAUGAUCUGUUCGGGAAUUAAUGAAGAAGACCACAAAAUUCAACUGUUGAAAACCUUAAAGCGUAUUCAGGAUUAUGGAUUCAAACUUCGCUUCGAGAAAUGUAAGUUUGGAGAAACAUCUGUCGAGUUCUGCGGACACACGGUAGAUCAAUAUGGUAUCAGACCACAUCCAGGGAAACUUCGAUCAAUCCAAGAUCUCCCACCACCAACAAACUUGCAACAAACACGAGCAUUUUUAGGAGCUGUAAAUUAUUAUGGGAAAUUCAUUAAAAGUAUGAAAAGCCUUCGUGGUCCUUUAGAUGAACUUUUAAAAAAAGAUAAGAAGUUCGAGUAG